AUGGCCCCCCUGCAUCGGCAUCCGCUGCAGUUUCCGAGGGAUGUCCGAAACUUCUCCGUCGGUGAUCCGCGCUCCCAGUUCAAGUAUGUCGUGGGCCGUCUUCAGCGCUUUCGUUGGCCCCUUGCGGUGGCCUUCGUGGAGCGGCUUUGGCAGCAAGGCCUGCAGUAUUCGCCUCCUGGCGACGCUUUGCCGGAUGUCGGUGCGUCGCUUGUAAGAAGCUUCCGAUUGGGCUUGCAGUGGCAAGACGCCAUGCUGCUUGCCUCAGGAAGAUGUCUAAGGAUAGCUGUUGCGGAUGCCGCGACAUGGGCAGAAACAACAGGCAAUGUCGGCGCCGGGCUGGAGUGGAAACAGGCUCUCAGCGGCCUUUCAGCAAUGAAGUGCCGCGGACUCGAACUCAACGGUGCCAUCUUUGGCACUGCGUUCGCCUCCUUGGCCCAAGACGGACGUUCCUGGAGUGGGUCUUUGCAGCUGCUUCGCCGGAUUAGGCGGGCCUCGCUUCAGCCGAGCUACAUGGACUAUGCCAAGGUCCUGUCGUCCUGCGCUCGAUCAGCGUGGAGCGAGACAUUGUAUUUUCUGCAGCUGGCAAAGCAAGAGGACAUCAUCCUCAACGACAUUGCCGCUGCAGCCGCGCUUAACGCAGCGUUCUGUCGCCAAUUUCGGCCAUGGCAAUGGGCCUGCUGCGCCCUAUCUGCAAUACGCAGAUGGCAGAUACCGAUCUCGAGUUGCACCUACAAUUCUGCUGUGGGUGUCUUCUCCAAGCGGCCAAAGCUCUGGAGAGAGGUACUGGAAAUUGAGACGCAGGUGGCGAAAGCCGAGUUUUACCCGGAUGCUGGUGCCCGCCAAGCCUUCCGAGUUGCGCGAAUUCGGCGGAGAGCCGAAGCGCAAGCCGCUGCCCACGAGGAGCGACAGCGCCGUGGUGCCCUUUGGCAGGAGGCGUUGGCCAGUUGCACGCCGGAACGUCUUAAGUCCUGCAAAUCGCCUUUGCGAACCUUACAA